AUGAAUGACUUUUCCUUCCGGUUGAUGGUCCUUCUUCAUCUCCAAAUCGGUAUACUCCUUGACGUAUGCUAUGCUGGAGUCACUAAUUUCACUGUUCCAGAAGGAAACAACGUGACCCUACAAUUAGACAAAGAGGGACAGAAACGGGACAUAACAUGGGUCACAGCUGGUGGAAACCAUUUUGCUACAACUAAACCAAAUGAAGAUAUCGUAAUACGAGACACACGAUAUACAGGAAGGCUACAUGCAUUAAAGGAUGGCUCCUUGUUCAUGAUUCAACUAAAGAUGGAAGACCAAGGCAUGUAUCGAGCAAACAUACGCCUGGUGAAUGGAAGCACCGGAGGUCACAAUUUCAAUCUCUUUGUUACUGAACCUAAUCCACCGAAUGGAGCAUCUUCAAGACACAGUUCCCAAUACAACUUAUCGUGGAUGUUCCUUGGAUGGCUAAUAGGGGGCGCUGCACAUACUGUCAUACGGUAA